AGUAGACGGCGGCUCCUACACUCUACACGUCAUCAUUCCUUCAUUCUCGGUGCUUGAGAGCAAUAGUAGAAGAGAUGGCUCAGCCGCGGUACGUCGACCCACGCGACGAUAACAUGGUCGCUAAUGCUGUCGACGAGGAUGAGCUGGAUGCACACCACCAAGUGCUGGGAAUGGCGGCAGCUAUCGAGCAACUCACGCAGGACUUUGCGAGGCAGCAAGAAGAAUUGACAGCAGCGUACAAGAGACUGCAGCAGUAUGAGCUGCGAGAACAGAAUGGAGAAUUUCCGACGACAAAGCAGAUGACUCGACCUGGUACUAAGGGCAGUUGCGGUUGCAAUCAUCUAGCCCAGCUAGAAGAGUUGAAAAAUCUACUUCAAGUGAAGGAUUUGGCACUGGCUGAAGCCUUGCAACAGCGUAACGAACACCGCGUGGAGCUGGAGAAAGCAGAGGCAUUAAUUGCCGAGCUACGGUCGCUGCACCUCGACACCACAGGAGGUCGCGUGCCUCAAGCAGCAUGGAAGAUUAAUCCUCCUCCUCUACCAGGCUCUGCUUCUACGAGCAUGCUUUCUCGCUCUACUCGACAUGCAGUAACGUCAAUCCAAUACGCCCAGGCAAAUGUAGGCAUUCGCACACCCAUGUCACCGACAACAACAGCGGCCUUACUCGGGUGUCCAGGGGCCAUCGACGUGCCUCACGACGAGCGGUUUGAUACCGAAAGCGCGUACAAACAGCGCAAUGAGACGGGCGAUGUCUUUUGGCGAAAGCAGUACAAGGAGGCCGUGCGAAUGCGAAAGGCUCCUUUAUUGUCUUUAGGCCAGCAAAAUAACACUACCGCAGCACAGCCGUCGCUGAAAAUCUUUUCAAGUCGAGACAAUCGCAAGAAAAAGACUGACGAAGUCCGCGAUGAAACUGUGCCAUCUACGCGUUACAUCGGCAUCAGUUCGAGACAAAACAACAUCAUCAAAGAGCAGCACCGCAUGCUGGCAAGAGAACACGACUAACCUAACUCAUUUUACUGAAAAUGAAAUCUAUUCCGCUCUCCAAGACUUGUAAAAACUGAACGCGGCUCCAUUAUACAAACUCGAUGGUGAACUGAAGCUACUGCUACUAUGAAUGCCAGCAACUGGUGGGUUGCAAAAUGCUGGUGGAUGAAGAAGUUCACAUCCAAUUGGGCCGAUUAUUUUUGUGGAGUGGUUCCUCGAAAUUUUGACGCAUUUACUCCGCGACUGGCACCGGUGCGGGGGCAGACGCAGCGGUGGCGGUGUCCACGGCGACAGCAGCUUCAGCCGCAGCCAUGGCAUCAAUCGGCGCCUCAGAUGUUUCGACCUUUGGCUCCUCGGGUUUAGCAGGCACUGUUGGGGCAAGGUACUUGCCUUCACGGGCCGACUUGAUUGCUGCAGAGAUCACAGCACGACGCUUGUAAUCGCUGGCAUUCUUGGGAAUAGGCGGCGCCGGAACCGUACGUCCAUCCACCACAAAGUGCGUGACGCGCUCAUACGGGAACGGAGCAAGGCUCAACUCGUGAAAAUAGCCCGAAAUCUUGAGCCGACGUAAAUAAACGUGGUAAAUCUUGUCCUGCGGACGGGCCUCCACAACGAAUCCGGAUCCGAACGUAGUCAACACUCGCUCGUCCUUGUGGAAUUUUGAUUUCCUGUAAAACAUCAAAGCAUUGCGUUAGAUCAGAAUUGCUACAAAAAAAAUUGUUUAGACAUUUGCAA